GGCUGGGAUGGGUUGGUGGGGAUGUAUCUGACCAUCUUGCAGAAGGACAGCAAAGCCCCUUGUCACAGAAACCAGGACCCUGGGUUCCCUGAGGCCAGGACAAGCUGCCACGGGGGUGUCACUCUGUCCAACCCAACCCACCCUUUUCUUUGCCAUUUGGAUUAAUUCUGAGAAAGGCUCCGUGGUGGGCCUCCCUCAGUGUUUGCACAUGUGAGUGCUCACACACGGAGCCCUCCAAAGAGCUGGGCACUUUGUCCUCUUGCUUCUCACACCUUACUCUUCCCCAGCCAGGGCAGCAGGGCAGCAGGGCAGCAGGAGGGGCUUAGCCAAAGGCAGGAUGGGUGCUUCCUCCAGACUGGAGGGUGAAGGGGGAUGGGUACGGGUGGGGGCAAAACUUCUUUCCCGGGGCCAGCUCGGUGGCGCAGCAGUUAAGUGCGUGCGCUUUGCUGCGGCAGCCCGAGGGUUCACAGGUUUGGACCACAAGCGCGCACUGAUGCACCGCUCAUCAAGUGAUGCUGUGGCGGCGUUCCAUAUAAAGUAGAGGAAGAUCGGCACGAAUGUUAGCUAAGGGCCAAUCUUCCUUGGCAAAAAGAGGAAGAUUGGCAUCGGAUGUUAACUCAGGGCUGAUCUUCCUCACUAAAUAAAUAAAUAAAUAAAUAAAUAACUUCUUUCCCUGGUGAGGGCCUCACCCUAACUCUGUUGGGAGAGGCUUGGUUGCGUCUGCCUAGGAGUACUGAGGGCACUCCAGAAGAUAUCGGUGGCCCCUGCUUGCCAACCCUGCUACCCUGAAUUGAGCCCAGUGGCUUCGUCUCUCCCCCUUGAGCUGCAGCAAACAUCCAGACCCCCUCUGUCCAGCUGCAGGUCGGGGCAGUGGGCAGCGAGGGCUUUGUUUGUUUGUCAGGUCGCCACCUGGUGAGUGGGUGGUGAGGGAUGACAGGGGUCAGACAGGGGAAGGUGCCAGGACACCCUCCUCCUCUCUGGCUGAGCUGAGACAGAAGCGGCUCUCAGGUGUGGGAUGGGGUUUUUCAGGCGGGAUGUUCUGUCACUUGGAGGACAGGUGCAAAGGUUGCUAACACUGGGGACGCUGCGAGGGCAGGAGGAGAACGAGUGUCAGGAGCCCAGAGGUGCUCUCCAUCUCCCUGCUCCUCACAGGCCCUGCUUCCCUCACCUGCACAGGACUCAGGGAAGGGAGUCCCCACCUCAGCGCCCACCUGGCCUGCCCCAGACAGUGGGGCUCUCCUUGUCUCACGCCUGGCACCACCUCUGUGGGCUUUUGGCUCUUGGCCCUGUGCUGCCCCCACCCUUCCUCCUGAUGCCAGGGCCUGAGCAGAGGCCUGUUAUUGGCGGCUCGCCGGGGCAGGGAAUGAGGAGCAGACCUCAUUCUGGAUGACUGAGGGCAUCGCGAGGCACUCCCUUCCUGGGGUUUGGCUCCUGCCCUCUGGGCCGACAGUGGAAAUCACAGUCUGAGAGCUGUAGCCCAGCUCUCCUCGAAUCUAUUUUAGACCUGGAGGCCCCCCUUUCUGUCUAGGCUCCCCCUCCUUCUCCUCCUGGCCUGUCCAGCUGAUGGUCAAACUGAGGCUGGGGCUGGGUCUCCGUGGGAGAGUGAGUAGGGGCUGGGAGACCUGGGCCGGCCCCCUUGGGGAGGGCCCGGCGGCCAUGUCCAGAGGCUGGCAGUCUCAGAUUGUGGCCCACCCUCCUCCAUCACUCCCAGGGGCCUGCCCAGGCAGCCGCACCUCCAACCACAACAUCCUUUGGGGUUUGGCCUACAGAGCUGGGGCGGAUGACCCCCAAAUAGCCUUGGCAGAUUCCCCCAUGACCAGCCCGUACCAUGGCCAGGCGCCCCAUCCCUCGUCUCCCGGGCACAGCCCAGAGUAUAAACAGUGCUGGAGGCUGGGAGAGGCAGCCAGCUGAGCCCUGAGCAGCAGCACCGACGACCAUGAAGCCCCUCACGCUCCUUGCCCUACUGGCCCUGGCCGCACUCUGCCUUGCUGGCUGGGCAGAUGCAAAGCCCAGCGGUGCAGAGUCUGGCAGAGGUGCAGCCUUCGUGUCCAAGCAGCAGGGUAGUGAGGUGGUGAAGAGACUCAGGCGCUACCUGGACCACUGGCUGGGAGCCCCAGCCCCAUACCCAGACCCCCUGGAGCCCAGGAGGGAGGUGUGUGAGCUCAACCCAGAUUGUGACGAGCUGGCUGACCACAUCGGCUUCCAGGAGGCCUAUCGGCGCUUCUACGGCAUGGCCUAGAGC